GUCGGGGCGCGGGGACGCGGGGCGGCGAGAAGCGGGGCCCUCUGCCGCCCCGCGCUCCCAUGUACGCCUUCUACUCGCUGCUCAUCUACAUCUUCUACAGCCUAUUCCGCAGGGAUGGCGGGGCGGCGGCGUCCGCCGAUCCUGGGAACCCCGCCGGCGACCCCCGUCCUCCUGGGAACGGUUCUGCAGGCCUGCGCAGCAGUGUCCGCUGCAAGGCCGGGGGUCGCCGCCGCCCCGACCAGCCCACCGCAGAACUGUGGACCGAGCUGACCGGCCUGGUCGGCUGCUCGGAGUCUGAGGGUGGCCCGGGAGGGGCAGCCGAAGGCGCUCCCGCCGAGGUCUCCCUGGAAGAGGCUCUCGUGCGCCUUGCUGAGUUCCUCUCAGUCCAGCUGGGGGCGGAAGAGAGCUUGGGGAAUUCUCCAGACCUGAGCAAGCCGGCUGAUGUUCCCCCACUGCUGACGGUGACUGGUCAGCUCUUGGCCCUCCUGGCAUGGAUUCGGAGCCCCAGGGGAAGGCAGGCCCUGCACCAGGGGACUCAGCCAGCCUCAGGGGUGCAGCCCCCUGUUCAGGCUGGAUCCCCGUCCCAAGAGGAAAGCCCUUCCCAUUCCCCGAGGGUUGAGGACCAGGGGCAGCAGCCUCCGAGGUUGGAGGAAGACCAGAGGGCUUGGCAGCGGCUGGAACAGCUCAUCCUGGGACAGCUGGAAGAGCUGAAGCAUCAGCUGGAACUGCAGGGGCAGGAGCUGGGUCAGCUGCGCCUGGGAGUGGGGGCGACGGACUCAGAGAAGAGGGUUCAGCAUCUAACUUUGGAGAAUAGCGCCCUGAAGCAGAGCCUGAGCCUUACUCGGGACCUCCUGCUGCGCUGGGGCCCAGGCCCCCCGAGCAGGGCCCCCCAGGAGGAGGCAGGAGCACUGGUGGAGCUCCAGGACCAGCUUCAAGAGGCCCAGGACACCACAGAAGCCCUCCGAGUCCAGCUGGGGGUGCAGGAGGUGCAGCUGCAGGGCCUUCGGGGGGCCCUCCGGCAGCUCCAGCAGGACACUGAGCAGAACUGCAGACGGGAACUGCAGCAGAUGCGUGGGCAGCUGGCAGGACUUCGUGCCUGCAUGGCCAGCCUGCGUCAGGGCUGUGGGGACCUCCGGGGCCUGGUCAGCACCUUUACCCAGAGCUGCCAGGGUUCGCUGAGUGAAGCCCGGGGCCAGGUAUCCUGGGCCCUGGGGGCACUGUCAGCGGGAGGGGCUGGGACUCAGCUCCUCGAGGCACAGCAGGGUCCCCCAACUGGAUGCCCAGGGCGAAUGCUGGAGCUCAAGGGAAACAUCCGUGUGCUGUGUCGGCUGAGGCCAGGGACACCCUCCAGCCUGGUGAGCUUGGAGCCCGGCCCGGGUGGCAGUGUCACCACCUGCUAUCGAGGGCACCGGCGUCGCUUCCGCCUGGACUGGGUCUUCCCUCCACAUGCCAGCCAGGAGGAGGUCUUCAGGGAGCUGGAGUCGGCAGUGCUGUCCUGCCUCGGAGGCUACAGUGUCUGCAUCUUCACCUACGGUCAGACAGGGACGGGGAAGACCUACAGCAUGGAGGGCCCACCUGAGGACCCUGGCAUAGCUCCCCGGGCGCUGCAGUCACUGUUCCGGGAGAUGGGGACAGGGGGACAGCACCGCGUCACCCUCAGCAUGGUGGAGAUCUACAACGAGGCUGUCAGGGACCUCCUAGCCCCAGGGCCUCCCCAGCGCCUGGCAGUGAGGCAGGGCCCAGCCGGCCAGGGGGGAAUCCAGGUGGCAGGCCUCACCCACUGGGACGUGCCCAACCUGGAGGCGCUACACCAGAUGCUGAGCCUGGGUAGGAGCAACCGCGCCACCGCCGCCACCACCAUGAACCAGCACAGCUCUCGUUCGCACGCCCUGGUCACGCUGACGCUGCGCGCGGCGCCCCCACGGCGCGGCCCGGCCACCGCAGGCACGCUGCACCUGGUGGACCUGGCGGGCUCCGAGCGUGCCUGGAAGGCGGGGGCGGCAGCCGGCACGCCGCGGGAGGACCGGGACAGCGCCCAGCGUCUGCGCGAGGCUCGGACCAUCAACCGCUCGCUGCUGGCGCUGGGGGGCGUGAUGGCCGCGCUGCGGGCCCGCCGGCCGCACGUGCCCUUCCGCGACUCGCAGCUCACGCGCCUGCUGCAGCCGGCGCUGGGCCCCGGCACCACCGCGGUGCUGCUGCUGCAGAUCUCCACGCGGCCCGAGGACCUCGGCGAGACCGUGUGCUCCCUCAAGUUCGCCGAGCGAGUGGGCCAGGUGGAGCUGGGUCCGGCCAGGCCCCGCAGGGCCCCGCGCUCCGGGACGCCCUCGUCGCUGAGCACGGACACACCCCUCACUGGGACCCCCUGCACCCCGACGCCGUCCCCUGGCAGCCCCCCAAGCCCUGGCCGGGACAGCGGCUCCAGCUCGGCCCUGCCCCCGCCGGAGGACCUGGCUUCGUAGUCCUGCCGGAGGAGCCCGGGCAGCGUCUCUGCCGGCAGAGGCGUCCAAGUCCCUGCUCCCCUCGCGACCUCUUGGACCUCUGGGGCCCCGGCGUCCCCCAGACUCCCGGAGCCCACCCCCUCCUCCCCGCCCCCAGGAGCGUUCCGCCCGGACCACCUCCCCUCGGCCCGGGCCCUUAGCUCCUUAUCACCAUCUGCUGUUAUCGCGGUGCACAGCAGGGGAUCCCAGAGCAGGGGCGGCAGAUCCUGGCCAAGUGGUCACCAGAAAGUCACUCCCCGGCCACCAAAUAUCAGACUUGCAUUAAAACGUUGUCUUCCUUUACUGUUCUCUCCCCCCACCCCCACCCCCACCCCCGCCCCCAAGGGGGCAGGGCCUCUAUACCCUAUUCCCCUUGCCCCCUAAGGUGCUACCUCCUUCCCAGGCAGUUGAGGAGAACAGGGUCUAAAGGCCGAAGCCACCAUUAGUUUUCCCUCCCCCAUCCCGGAGCCAGGGAGGGGAGGUGACAGGCGGUGAUGGAUGGAUGGAAGGACAGAUGGACAGAGGGCCGGAGGAGGUGAGACCAGGAAGGGCUACUCCCAGCAGGGCCCUGCUCCUUCCAGCCUUGCCUCUGGGGGUAGGAGACGCAUCAGUGGCCAUCGGGGCCAGGGGGGUGCCCCCCUGGGCCACAACUCUCCUGGGCCAUCCAAUAAACACGUGGACCCUCAGCA